AUAGACAUAUACAGACAGGUCAGACAUAUUUCCUGUUUAAUAAAGGAAGCCGACACUUUAAACUUUCCAGUAUUGCUUGAAUCACAGAGGAACAAACACACACACACACACACACACACAAAUGCUAUACUUAUGAGGACCUGAUGCAUUCCUGAACACUGACCUCUGAUCAAACGCAGACGUGGAACUUAAACCCUGAACUGAACAUAAACCCGGGUUCAACCCUAAACUCUCAAACAUGACGAGUCACUCACUCACUCACACACACACACACACACACACACACACACACACACACACAUCUGGUUCCCAUCAGUGGAGGAAGCGAGUCAAUACCGACAGCUCUGAGAUCAUAUAACAGCCAGACUGAGUCUACUGACAGUACUACAGCUACUGCAGCUGUACUGCAUGUGUACUGAGAGUACUGAGAGUACUGAGAGUACUGAGUGUACUGAGAGUACUGAGUGUACUGAGUGUACUGAGUGUACUGAGAGUACUGAGUGUACUGCAGAAGAAGAAGAGAGCUGCUGCUGUCAACAGAAACUACACAAGUGAAGGUGAUGAUGAAGACGAUGAAGAUGUUUUCUGGGACUCUGGUCUUCGUUUGUCUUCUGUCGUCUGUCUGCAGCCUCUCUCCAUCUGCUCGUCCUGCAGACGAAUGCUCUGGCAUGUCUCUCCGUCUACAGACUCAUGUGUGUUCUGGCCUCUGCAGGUCUGCGGGCGUUCAAGCUGAAGACCAGCUGUAACUUCACGAUUCUGAAGGAGAAGCAGCUGAAAGAGAUCCAGGCUCCGACCACCAACCUGUACCUGCCAGUCCUGUACCUGGUGGCCUUCAUCGUGGGUCUGCCCUCCAACCUGCUGGCUUUGUGGGUCCUGGUGUUCAGGACCAAACAGCUGCCGUCCACCACACUGCUCAUCAACCUCACGGCUGCAGACUGCCUGCUGCUGCUGGCUCUGCCGUUCCGGAUCGUGUACCACUUCAGAGGGAAUCACUGGGAGCUGGGCGAGCCUUUCUGUCGCAUCGUCAUGGCGAUGUUUUACGGGAACAUGUACGGGUCCGUGCUGUGUCUGGCGCUGGUGGCUCUGGACCGGUACAUUGCUUUGGUUCACCCGUUCAGUGCCAAGACCCUGCGCAGCCGGCGGAUCUCUCUGUACAUGACAGCAGCGGUGUGGACCGUGGUUCUGAUCGCCAUGAUGCCGCUGCUGGUGUCGCAGCAGACCUACUUCCUGGACGAACUGCAGAUCACCACCUGCCACGACGCGCUGCCCGAGGAGGAGCAGGAGAACUACUUCCUGCCGUACUUCGCCACCUUGUUCACCGUCUGCUUCCUGCUGCCGCUCGCCGUCGUGCUGUUCUGUCACGGCGCCGUGCUGCACACCCUGCUAGCAGAAGGGAAACGCUACAGUCACGCGGUCUGGGUGACGGUUCUGGUCCUGGUGGUCUUCAUCGUGUGUCUGCUGCCAAGCAACAUUCUCCUCCUCCUCACUUACACCGACAGCUCACUGGACGGAGACGGCGAGGACUUGUACGUCCCCUACAUGGUUAGCUUAGCGGUCAGCACCUUCAACAGCUGCAUCGACCCGUUCAUCUUCUACUUCGUGUCGGUGGAGUUCAGGGACAAGGCCCGCGGCGUCCUCUGCUGCUGCGGCAACUCAGAGGACACAUCAUCGUCUCCAGGCAACAAAGUGUCGUACUGUUCAUCAACAACGGGCCAGAGGUCAAAGGUCACCAUGCUGACCAAGUCCAGUCAGUGUGAGACAUCUGUGACGGCGUGAGGACGUCUGUCCCAGUCCUGUUAAACUAACGACGUGCUGAUGAAGAACCGACCACACUGGAUUAUUAUUUUUACUCAUAAUAAAUAUGUAAACACAAACCUCAGACAGGAAUGAUAUUGAUUAUAUCCAGUACAUUACUGUAGCUAGUCGGUUUAUCCUCUGGAGGUUCUGGAGCCGGUGGUUGGGUUUGGAUCCAGAACUUUGAUGCUGUGAGGUGACAGUGUGAAGCAGGAAGUGAAGGAUCAAUAAGAAAACAGACAGCUGAACAACCACAUGACAGACAGGAAGUGACCUCAUGAACUGUUGAUGAUCACUGCCCUCCAGUGGUCACUUCGAGACACGACAACAUUAUGAUGUCACAUGAAGAAUAAACGAUUCGCAGCA